UAGCUGGAGCAGCAGCAGCGUCCGUACCACAGGAGGGAGCUUACCAUCACCGAAUCCGCCGCCGCCGUCGACGCUUCCAUCACCGUCACCGCCACAAGCAGCGGCAGAAGGCAGACGGGCAGAAAAGCGACGGACAGAAAAGCAAGCAACCUCGAGCCACAUCAGCUUCACGCUUCGUCGGGUCGUGCCAUUUGAACGUCGAGUGAUCGGAAACGUUGGGGAAGAGCCUCGUUCUGAAAAAGUGAAUCAUCCACUCGAGCAGGGUUUAGAGCCACUCGUCAUGGCCUCGCCGAGCCCAAGGCGGAGCCCAGGUCGCCAACAGCCGCAGCCUCCUCAGGACGAUGUCUCCGAUGACGAGUUUUCCUGCGAUACCCAAUUAUUCGACGAGCACGAGAAGCAAUCCAAGAGAUUCCGAAAGACCCUCUACUAUGGGGAACUGCCUCAAUACUCCGACCGGCCUUCUCUGGCACUGACUUCACUCGCACUGGAAUUCUUUACGAAAUCUUUACCGCCUCGAGAUGAACUUCGAUUUUUGGAUAUGGAAUACGCUUCGAGAGUGAUGAGGAACGCCUGCGUCACGCCUGCCUCGGUGGUUAUUGCCCUGAUGUACGCCGAUCGACUUCGCCAAAACAAUCCUCAAUACAUGGCUCAAGCGAACUCUUGCGAUCUCUUCCUAGUGUCGAUGCUGGUUGCCUCCAAAUUCCUCUACGACGACGGAGCUGAGGACGAAGUUUUCAACGGAGACUGGGCAGAAGCUGCUGGACUAGAACUCUCGCAGCUGAAUCGCGAGGAGAGGAAGUUCCUUCAAGCGAUUCAGUGGAAGCUAAUGGUCAAGGCCAACGAAUUCGAUUUGGUAGUCGCCGACAUGGAAAAACGAAUCGCUCUCAAAGAGUUAUCGCGCCGGAAAGAUUCGACUUUGACGUACACCGAACUUGACGUGCUCACGAAACAAUCUCGCCCAAUAUCAGACAUCUAUGCCGCGCUAUACGACCAUAUGCUCAAGGUCGUGUCCGUAUCCUUGAUGAGCUACUGCGCCUGUCUUCUGACGGUUUUCGCGUCCGUGGCCGCAGUGAACUAUGUGAUUCCCGUGCUGAAAACCUCCAAACUGGGCUUGCCCACCACGAGUUCUGAGACCAACGCCACCAUGCCAAUUGCCGGAGAGAGCUCAUUGCCUCAAUCUGGUCUCCUUUUGGAGCAUCAGAAAGAGUUGGCCAUCAUUCUGAGAGAGGGAGUCGAGAUCGAAAACUCGACCUUCUGCUGCCGAGAGUAUUCCGAUGAUAUCGACGUCCUCGCUGGUCGGGAGCAGAAGCCAAACUCGUUCGGACCGAGAUCGUGGGAGAUAUUGGAUCAAAUGAGGAUGAAUUCGAGAUUUGGCGUACUACCCAACGAUGUCUUCCCCUUCUCGAGAGAGCCUCGAGUGAUAUUUGCCUGAACGGAUUGAUUUUUCUCGUCGAGUUGAGUUUCAAUGCCAAACUGGCGCCAAAUAAUAUAUUAUCGGGUCUCGAUGCACGCGCACUCGUCGUGCGAUGGGUACUUAAUAUUUCAUGCACGUUGUAAGGCUCAAAACUUGCGGGAAAGGUUACACUGUGUUAUUCGUCGAGCCGAUGAACCGAUUCUCACGGAGUAAGGUUCAGCGUUGAGCGUAACUUCCGCCAAGUAUACAACCUGUCGAAUAAAUUAUUGCCACAGUUU